CAGCGGACAUUGUGUUGUCCGUGCAGUUAGUACUGACGGACCUCUUAAACACGCGGGUGUAAACAAACAAAAGCCUCUUGUAACCUAGUUGUAUGAGCUGUUACCGGUGUUUAGGUCCAGUUCUGAUGGAGAUUUUCGGAAGUACGUUUGAUGACUCUGUGUUUGCGGAGUCCAGGGCCCGAGUGUCGGCUAGCCUGCCCGGAUACAGCCCCAAAGUCUGCGAGUCCGAGUGGUUUUGUGAUGGUUCUGCUCUCGACACAGACGAUUCUUUGGAGAAACAGAGGGUGUUGAAGUUCAGAGGAGACUUGGCCAUGAGACGAGGAAACUACCAGAACGCCCUGGAGGCAUACAGCUGCUGUCUGCAGUGGAUCUCUGACAACAACCUGACCAUCAGACGGGACGUUCUGGAAGGAAUGGCCCGGUGCUGCACCAAACUGGGCCAGAGGAACCGGGCUCUGGACCUGGCCCAACUUCUGAGUAAAGACGCCUCCAACACCUGUCACCUGACCAGUCUGCUCCUGCUGAAGGUCAGUAUCCACCGUCAUUUCGGAUCCUUACCGUCAGUGAUCCAGUCCAUGCAGCAGCUGUGCAGCCUGGUGCCCUUUAACCCCUGGCACUGGUUCAGUCUGGGUCAGACCUGUGUCCAAGUACUGGACGGAGACGGCGCUCCGGGCGUGAUGUCAUCAAAUGUCCAAUCACCUGAUGCCGUGGGGAACAGGAACAUAGAAUCCCAGAGUCCAUGUUCUGCAGAUCCUGAUGAACUGCUGGUUUUAUUGGGACCGUCUUCUCCACUGGACCAGGACCAGGACCGAGUAUGGCUGAAGGCCUGCAUGUGUUUCAUCAGGUCCAGGCUCUUGUUGAAGAUCCUCCAGCAGCAGCAGUCGUCCUUCGUGUUGCGGCGAAGCGAGGACGUUCUGCGGGAGGUGGACGAGGCGUUACGGCGGCUGAACCCCAGAGACACCACCCUUAGGACGCUGACUGAGGUGAGCUCACGCAGAACCAGAACCAGAACUAGAAGGUCCAGUGGGUUUUACAGUUCCAUCUCCUGUGUCCAGGUGAUGUCAGAAGACCUGGUCCCAGAGAAGAUGAGAGAGGACUACCAGGACGGGGACAGUCUGUCCACCGUGUCCAUUCAGAGCUUUAGGGAACGAUGGUGGGACAAGAUCUUAGAGAGCGGAACACUGGAGAACGAUGGACCUCAGCAGAACCGAACAACCCAGUCCUGAAGAUCCGGUUCCAUUUGUCAGAACCGUCAUGAACAUGGUUUGGAAAAGGACACACCUGGAAACCCAUAACUGUAAACAGGUGGAACAUUAGAACGUACUGAGGAUCCAUGGGUUGAAGGAGAACCUCAACAUGUUCUGUAACAAAGAGAGAAGGAGUGACUCAGAGGACGAGGAGAGGCUGAUCAGAACCAGAACCAGACUUGAAUAGAUCCACUAGAAUGUCUCUAAUCCUGCUCUUGUUGGUUCUGCAUCGUUUGUUUUCAGUUAACAGCUGCUUUAACAUCGAUCAGUGAAACGUCGUCUGGUUCAGACUCAAUCGGAUUGGACCGGUUUGGUUCGGUUCAGACUUGAAACUAUUUUACAUUCACAUCUUUAAGAACCAGGUUUAAACUAAAACUGUUUGGUUCAGAUUAAAUCUGAGGUUCUUU